AUGGGCAGUAUCAGUUACGAAACCGAGCCUCAACUCGACACCUCUCCAAAUUUCGGGGACUGGAGAGAUCAGCUCAUCAAUGACGGCUUUGUCGUGUUGAAGGGCGUCAUCUCACCAGAAAGGGCAGGAUACUACCUCGAUGGUCUCUUCGACUGGCUCGAAACCUUUCCUUACGGCUUCCGGAAAGACGACCCCUCAACUUGGGGUCCGCAGAACCUUCCGGCACAUAUCAAGGGUGGAAUGUAUCAUGCAUAUUCAGUGGCCCACGAGAAGUUCUUCUGGGAAGCUCGCAUGGAGCCUACCAUUCUCGAUGCCUACGCCAAGCUCUGGCAGACCAAAGACCUUCUCGUCUCCUUCGACGGUGCAAACUUGACUCUUCCUGCGAAAGAUCGAGAACCCAUCGGUGCUUGGCCACACGUCGAUCAAAGUCCUCUCCGUAAGGGACUACAGUGCGUCCAAGGGAUACUCAAUCUUGCCCCGAAUGGUCCCAAGGACGGAGGUCUAAUCGUCCUGAAGGGGUCCAGUGCACUCAACGAGGCCUUCUUCAAGACCCACGACACCGAGCGAGAGACUUGGGGCCCGGCCGACUGGUUCGGCUUCACCUCGGAAGAGGUUGACUGGUUCAAGGAGAGAGGUUGCGAGGCGGUCAAAGUGUGCGCCGAGCCCGGCGAUCUCAUCCUGUGGGACUCCAGAACUGUUCAUUACAACUGCUUGCCAGAGAGUGAAGCUGUCCGCUCUGUUUUGUAUAUGUGCUACUCUCCCGCUUCGUACGCCAGCGCCGAAGACUUGGAGAUGAAGGCGAAAUUGUUCAGGGAUCGCAAGGGGACCACUCACUGGCCUCACGCGAACAUCUUCCGGGACGAGAGAAAAGUCAUUAGACUUGGGGAGCAAGAAACCUACAAAAGAGACAGGCCGUCUCAAGAGCCUGUGGAAUCUGAGAAGUUGCUAAAGCUUGCAGGAGUUAUGCCUUAUGCCUCCUGA